CGCCCCUGCCGCUGCUACCACCUCGGUUGGAGACCCACGAGGCCGCCGCGUCCUGCCCUCGGAACAAUGGGAGUCGGCGCGCGAGGUGCCCGGGCCGCGCUGCUCCUGGGGGCGCUGCAGGUGCUGGCGCUGAUGGGGGCCGCCGUGGGCGACUCAGCCUCGACGUCGGUCCCUCCAACCACAAAGAAUCCUGUGUCUCCACACAACUCCAGUGCUAACUCAACAGAAAAUAUCCAGCAUGUGCCUUCCAGCCACAAAAAUGAAUCUUCCAAAAGCACUGUGAAGCCAUCAACUUCAGUUUCCUCAGGCUCAAACAAUGUGACAAACAGCACUGCACCACCUGUGACAACAUCUAAAAUGGCAACACCUGAUGUCUCAACAAAUGUGACUUCUACCUUAAAGUCUGUAACCAAAACCAGUGUUUCACAGAACACAACCCAAAUGUCUACAUCUACAGUGACCCCUGCCCACAAUAGUUCAGUGACAUCUGUUUCUUCAUCAGUAACAGUCUCAACAACUAUUCAUUAUAAAGAAAAUAAAGAAUCGAAAUUUGAUACUGGCAGCUUUGUUGGUGGUAUUGUAUUAACACUGGGAGUUUUAUCCAUUCUUUACAUUGGAUGCAAAAUGUAUUACUCAAGACGAGGCAUUCGAUACAGAACCAUAGAUGAACAUGAUGCUAUCAUUUAAGGAAAUCCAGAGACCCAAGGAAAGAAGAUUGAUGCAACCCUAUAACUAAUUUUGGUUUAUUCUCUUGAAAACUGUAUAAACAGGCCAUGCACAUAAUGUACAAUGUGUUACAUAAAUAUGUAAAGAUUCUUCCUGAUUACUAAAGGUAAAAAGGGCUUGGUUUGGGUUUCUUAAUGAAUAUUUGGAGUUUACAAAUAGUUAAUACAGUGAUUUUUUUUUCCCACUUUUAGCAAAUAUAUAGUAAGACAAGCCCCUUUUUUUUGUGGCAUUGAUCACUUGGGACCAGUAGUUGGAAGGCACCAUCACCCAAGGACAGGAUGCCAUCUGGGCAUACCAGUAAGGAGCACUGAGGAUACUGAGUGUCUUUGUUGUUCACACAAAGAACAUCAGUGUCUUCAGAGCUGGAUCUGUCCUAAUCACUAAUGCCACACAACAGAAAUUGAUUCAGUCUGGUCUGAGGUAUAAUUUAAGAAAUCAUCAACCUUUUCUAGGCUUUAAAGUGUAGUAGUUGGUCUGGAAACAAAAGUACACGCACGUGCACACACAGACACACACACACACACCCCUUCAAAUAAGACCACAAGCAAUACUUGGGCUCAGAUCUGUUACACAUCCAAGGGAGCUUUGGAAAGCAUGUGUUUGUAUGAAUAACUUCUUUUGAGCUUUCUAUGUCAGUUGGUAAGAUUUACUUUUUUUCUCUGUGUAAUUUAGGUAUACUGCAAAGAUUAACAUAAUGUUUUAAAGACUUAGUUGUUAGAAUUAAAAAGGAAAGUACUCCAAGGAGUUAGAUUAUUUUCUACUGUGAGAAUGUUGUCAUCACUGGAAAUUACUUUUAUUUCAUAGUCACUUGUUAAUUUUAAUUUUAUAUCUAGUGAAUAUUUUAAAAGAAAUGUAGAGCUGCUUUCAGUAUUUCGACAUUUUUAAUGGAGUGCAAACACAUCUAGCUUAAAAUAAAAACCCCCUUCUAGGAUUUCCAAAACAUUUAGAACACGAUAGAAUCAAAAUCAUAGAUUGGUGCUGUGUUCAUCAAGCCAAGGAUGGUGGGUCUUCACCCGGGCUCCCACCAACUGCAGGACAAAAACGCUACAUUUUCAGACACACUCAAUUUACUCAGAGAUUUGAGGAAAUAGCAUUUUUAUACUAAAACACAAGUUUAUUUUGAAAUAAAUUCUUAUAAAGUUUUAAGUACAUUUUUAAAGACAGGAAUUUUCCUGCUUCCUUAUUUGGGUAUUCUCCAGACCACUCUUUUUACCCCAUUGCUCAGGGGGAGGUACUUUCAGAUGUGUUAUGUUGAUGGAGAGUAACCACACAGUAUUGUAGAAGCACCAAUAUUAGCUAUAUUUUGGAGUGUUUUCAGUUUGACAGUUGAUAUUCUUGCACUCAAAACUCAGGGUCAGGUUUUAACAAAAAGUAUUUAGUCAGACUCAAUAGUAAGAUAAUAUUUCUGUUUGAGGGUCAAAGUAAAUCACACUAAUUUCUGAAAGUCCAAAAGUAAGCUAAGAUAGCCUACAAUUAAUAGGAAUAAAAUAUAACUUUUGCGAUCAGCUUCUGAUUUGCAGAGAAUGCCAGAUAUCAAGGAUAUUGAUAUAAAAGAUCAUUUCUACUUGCUGUUCAUUAUGGCCAGUUGAGUUGAUGAAGAUGGAUGAUAAAGAUCCUUCAAAAUAAGGACAUUAGAUGUAUAUAACACAUGGAGGGAAUUUUGUUACUUAGAUGUACAUUUAGAUUUGUUUGAAAAGAAAUGUGGGCCGAUGGGUGAGGUGUAUGUUACUAAUUCGACUCUAACUGGUCUUGCAAUCACUGCUUUCACUCUUUUGCAAAAUAUAGUUAAGAUAUAGUUUAUAGUUAAUGAGGGCCUUAGAAAUUUAAAUUGUUCUGUCUCCUGCAUUCUUGGUAUUACAGUACUUCAAUUCAGUCAGAACUUUGUGGACUGGACUAAAGUUUUUCAUGAAUACUUGUGUCUUUAGCACUUUGAAGAUAGAAAAACACUUUUUAAGUACUAAAUUUCACUAUUUGUUUAGAAAGUUUCCUCUGCUUUGGGUUUGGGAUACUAUAGUUACGUCUUUUCUCUGUAAGUAGUAUAAUUUGUUAUUUUCAAAUAACAACACUUCCAGUAAAGUUUUUGUUGCUGUCUGCAAGGAUUGAGGGAAACAGUGAGCUAAAACAAUUUUUACUUUGGAAUGUUUCCUAAACAUAAAUUUAUCUUCCUAAUUAUGUUUACUUAGGCAGAUACCCAAAUUUGUUUGCAUUCCUUGAGAAUGUAUUUACUUAAAGAUGAAAACAAUCCAGAUGUAUGUCAAAAUAUUAGGCAGAGACCAGUCUAUAAUUCUGAAAUCAUGGCUAAUCCAUAAAAGGAAUAACUGAAAUACAGAUAAAUGAAAGCAAUAUAUGGGUGAUAAUUUUUUAUGUUCAGGAAAGAAAUUAAAGCAAACUCCUGUUACCUUUUUUCUCCUUUUUAUUAUAAUGACCACCUUUUGGUAUAUCAUUGUUACUGAGAUCUAUUUUUAGAAUAAAAUCUGUUCUUCGUAUGAGAAAA